AUGCGACGGGAUUCGAAAAUGGCCUCAAGUUGGGCGAACCAUAGCCUCGGAUCACGUGCACCGAAUUCAGCUAGUGGAGUAGUCGAAGGUCCCCGAUGUAUACCUCCACUUUUUCAUACUGAUCCGGCCGUAUUUCUGUUAAUUUGGCACCUGGUUUAUUGGGGUUCACAGUUCCUAACAUGGGUUUUGAUACCUCUGAUGAGGUCAUAUGCCACGGCUGGAGACUUCACGGCUUUGGGAAAGCUCAAGACCGCUUUGUUGGAUCAUGUUCUCUAUAACGCCUCUUAUUUCGUGAUAUUCAUGGGAGCAUUGAUUUAUCUCAUCGCCUCUCGAAUUGUGUCUUUUGAAUUUCGCUAUCUCAAAGUGCUUUUAAUCACUACUGGGAACACUUGGGGGCUGUUCCUGGUCAUCAUAUUCCUUGGUUAUGGCUUGGUAGCAGUACCCCGAUCACUGUGGUUAGCCGGCAAUCCAGUGGCCAGUCUGCAUCAUGCAUACUUCUGUCUGAGCAAACGCAACAUGGAACUAAACGACGAAGAAGACAAAUUAAAGGAACUGAAUCUCCAAAUUAUCGAAAUAAAAAACCGACUUCCUGCGAGUCAUCCUCUCCAGCCGUUUGUGGUCACCGUCUUCAAACAGACCCAGGAAAGGAAGUCCGUCCUAGGGGCAUCCUGCGACCCUAUCGGCACUCCAGUGGCGGCACUAGAUAUCAGUAAUUUGAGCGUGAAGACGCUGGCUAGAAUGCACAGAUCGUUGAAGGCCACGCAACAAAGAUGUGCUCGUGCUCUGGAUUUGUACAACGAUGCUGUGCAGAGUGCGCUUUGGAUCGAAGACGUAAAUAUUGCUCGUGGAAAAUGAUGUCGUUUUGUGGUUUGGUACUUAUGCCCAUUAGUCUGCGGUUCUUUUUCUGACAGUUUUUCCCCAACAUUUCUUCGUGAGCACAGCGGUUCGCUUAAUGGAGCGAUUCAAAACGUCGCUCCAUAUCUGAGUGUUAUUACGCUUCGCAUCCAGUGGUAUUGGUACUGCUAUCUUCGUCUGUGGCUCCUUCGACUCCUAGCACUCUUGUUGGCAUUGACGUCUUUGCUGAUGGUCUGGAGUGAGUGCACAUUCUCUGUGCGCUCACCGACUCUGUCGCUGGUGGCUGGGUUGCUCAACGCUGAGGCUAAACAACGGGAUUAUUUCCUCGUUGAGGUGUCCUCUUUUCUCGCCUUGGGUUACUUAAGUUUCGCUGUGUUUUACACUGUCUUCCAUUUACGGAUUUUCAACUAUUAUCGGCUCGUUGGAAAUCAUCAUACGGACGAGAAUUCACUCUUGUUCUGUGGUGGCUUAGCAUGUCGUUUGGCACCUUCGUUAUGCUUGAACUUCCUUGGAUUGGCCCAUCUGGACACCCACCUUUCUCAAACAACAUUGACGAUACCCCUAUCUGGAAUAGAAUCAACAGCACAGCCGUCCACCACUAUUGAAACCACCUAUACACGAUUUAUGGGACAUUUGGACAUCAUUCCCUUCAUCGCCAAAGGGUUCAACGUCUACUUUCCGAUUCUUGUCGUCUUGUUGUGCCUGUGUACUUACUUUCAACUGUUGACCAGACUACUGCAUCAGAUCGGAAUUGCGGAGUUGAUGGAUUCCCCAGGCUAUAAACUGAAUGUAUCCGGUGACUCAAUAGUGGACGACGUUAUUCAAGAUGGGCGGUUGUUACUUCGAAAGGAACGUUUACUCCGUUCGCAAGCUAGACGAAUUCAGUCGGGCACCAAAGUGGACGUCGAUAAAGUUCAAGUGAAUGGACACCUUCCUAAGUCAGACAGGUGUCAGCAGAGUGGAAUUUCCAGUCGAUUGACACGCUAUUUCAGUGAGCGGGAUUUUUCAGAUCGCGUCCAUCUUUUACGUGAUACCGAAGGUGUGACAAGUUCCCGUGAUUUGAUGGACGAUUCUUUUGGAGCUAACUGGACUAACGCGCAUUCAGACUGGCGACCUGUGGAAUUUUCCGAGUCCGCCAUCCAAAAUGAAUUCUCCCUACAGUCAGUGAAAGAUACUCGAAAAUCUACUUAUUUGUGAUAUGUGACUUGUAAUAUCUGUGAUGUUCUCAAUUCCCGUAUUUUAGUGCUGUGGCGCAUAUUUCUUCCAUUUCCUCUAUGCUUUGUUGUCAAACCAGUGGAACCUGUGUGUAGCGGAUCAUGUUAUUGCUCCUUCUACUCAGAUGUCUUUCUGACCUAAAAAUAUUUUAUUCUCAAAUCUUCAUAUUUCAUAGCCGCCAAUGACGAUACGACUGACAGGCAUUCGGUAGUACUGGAUUGAUUUGAUGGACAUGAUAAGACCGGCGAGUCCCAAACCUGCAGAUAGAAAAGAAGGAUUCAUCAAGAUUUUGUGAAAGUUUGAUGUUCUUGUGAUCACGAGUGUGCCUAUUUGAGGCCCCAUGUUGUAUGUUUAUCUCAUUAUUUUGCGAGUCUAGAAGAUAUAAACAAUAACGGUCGACCAUCACAGUAAUUCAAUGUUAAAUUUUUCAGGAUCACCAACAUACGAACCAAAUAAUGCUCAUGUAUUGCCAAUUGAAAGCGAAUACAUGACCACGGAUGUUAGUUCGAUGGGUCAACAGGUUUAUUAUGAUUAAUGAUGCUAUGUGAUAUUACAUAAACAAUAUAAUAUAAUGCAAUAUUAAAG